AGACAGAGUUCUCAUUCAGUUACAGGGGAUGCUGUCCCCACCAACCUUCUCACCAUGGUUUUACUGAAUUCUCACGAUGUGCUCAACGAGACUACACCAUAUGCUUCUGAAAUGGAUCGUUUUCGGUCGCAGAAGUAAAGCCGCAUUUUAAAAGUAAUGGAAUCAGUUUCUCUACCGAGUCGCACUUUGAGAAGAGGCUGAACAAGUGGAAUGAAAGCGGGACGUCUUCAGCAAUCAUCAUCAUAAUGGAUAAAACAUUGCCUACAUUGGGGAACACAAAUAAUUGAAAGGCUCCUUAAGAAGGUGACUGGAGACUUGAGAGAUUGGCAGAAUCUAUUUGGAAGCAGUGCCUAAAAUUACAUCUAGACGCAGCCACCUCCAAGAAUGAGGAUCAAAUACAUGAUACCAAUCGUCUUCUUUGUGGCACUUGUUAUCAUUGAGAAGGAAAACAGGAUCAUCUCAAGGGUGUCAGAUAAGCUGAACCUAAAGCAGACCCCCCAAACUCCUUUACAGGCCGGCGUUUUCUCUCACUUAUCGCUGAAGCACAAUUUUUCCUUCCCCACACUCAGCAAAGACUUCAUGGUGAUGAAACAGCGCCUGGAGAACUACACCGAACACCAAGAGGUGGUGAAAAACGUAAGGAAACAUGUUCUCCUGCUGGCCACCACUAGGACUGGAUCCUCGUUUGUAGGCGAGUUUUUCAACCAGCAAGGUGACAACAUGUUUUACCUAUUUGAGCCUUUGUGGCAUGUGGAGAAGAUGUUGACUCUGGACACUGGAGGCACAAAUGCUACUGCGUCUGCCAAGGCGUACCGUGACGUUCUUCAGCAACUUUUCCUGUGCGACUUUUCCCUGCUGGAAAGCUUCAUUGACCCACUUCCAGUGAGCCACAUAACCACUAGCCUUUUCCGCAGAGAGUCCAGCAGCUCUCUGUGUGAGGAGUCUGUCUGCAGCCCUGUCAUCAAAGGCAUUUUUGAGCGCUAUCGCUGCAAAAUCAGACGCUGUGGGCCCCUAAACCUGACCAUGGCAUCAGAGUCUUGUGUUAAAAAGGAUCACAGGGUCAUCAAGUCUGUAAGGGUGCGCCAGCUUGAGAACCUCCGUCCACUUGCUGAGGAUCCGCGUCUUGACAUCAGAUUCAUCCAGUUGGUUCGGGAUCCUCGGGCCGUGCUGGCCUCGCGCAUGGUCGCGUUUGCUGCCAAGUAUAAGAGCUGGAAGCAGUGGGCCCUAGGUGGGGACAGGCCCCUUGAUGAGGAUGAGGUGAAGAAGCUGAAAGGCAAUUGUGACAACAUUCGGCUGUCUGCGGAAGUCGGCCUCAGGCAGCCCCCAUGGCUGCGCAGUCGGUACAUGUUGGUGCGAUAUGAGGACAUUGCUCGUUUUCCCAUGAGGAAGGCAACCGAGAUGUUCAGAUUUUCUGGAAUUCCUCUGACUCCACAAGUAAAAGCCUGGAUCCUGAAGAACACUCAGGUUUCUAAGGAAAUCAGUGGGGUUUACUCUACCCAGAAGAACUCCUCUGAACAAGUGGAGAAAUGGAGGUUUAGUUUACCAUUCAAGAUAGCUCAGGUUGUGCAGAGAGCGUGUGGGCCAACACUGAAGCUGUUUGGGUACAAGUUUGUAAGUAGUGAAAAGAUGCUUACAGACAAAUCUAUAAGUCUUAUUGAAGAUAAAGUCUUCAGCGUGUAAUAGGACAAAAUUGUUUAUUACCUUAAUAUUUUGAAGUGAGGCUCAAUGAAGUUAUUAUUAGUUAUGGUUUUCUUACCUGUAGUAGACAAAUGUCAUAUCCCAGUACAAUUGUAAGAAAAAGCAAGGCUAGCAGCCAUUCAAACAGAUCAUGUUGAGUUUAAUAAUAUAAAAACUGAAACUGAAAAUCUGUGGGAGGUGAAUUAGUGUAUAGUAACCAGCUACAUGUCCUGUUGUUAAGAGCUUUAUGUUUAUGUGUAUUCCAUGUCUUCCAUGUUUUGAUUAAGUUCCCUGAUUUCUAAAUGAUUUCUUGCUUCUGAGUUUCAUUAUUAAAUUUUGGCUUGGUAAUUUAAUUCAUUCUCAUCUUUUCUGUCCUGUUUGUCCAGUUUUCUGGUUUCAGUAUGUUAGCUUCUGUUCAGCCAUUCCUUUUCAUAAAUAUUCCUGUUGUAUCUGUCCCAAGGUUUCUCUCUAAUUAAUUAGUCUAAUCUAUUUAUUGUCCCAUUAAUCACUCUGCCCUGUAUAUGUUUUUUCUCUGCUUCGCCCUUUUAUUGCAGUUGUUGGAUGUUGUCUCAUUUUUUUGUUACAACAACUUCUCUGUUGCUGUGCAAAAGUUUCGCUGGUGGAGGCUGUAUAAAACUACCCAAUCAGUUGAUUGAAAAUCUGUCAAAGUAAUUUCCAAGUGAGACCUGGAUAAGCACAGGAAUAUUGCCUUUUUAACACCAUUACAUAAAAUGACAGUCUGGCUCAGAAUCCUAUAGUCUUUCUCCACUCUUGAUGAAGUUAGUGUUGCCUGACGAGUUGCAGCUAAUGAAGUGGGUUGAGCAACCAAUACAACGUCACCAUAGUAACGCUAAAGUUGAUUGGUUGGAAAAGCAACAAAAAACCUGUUUCCUGUGAAAGUGUAGAUGGUUAAUGACAGCUAAAACUGUGUGUUCCAUGGAUAUAACUGCUUGUUUUCUGAGUUCUUUCAAAUUGUUUAGAUCGGGGUUUCUUAACCCUGGUCCUUAGGGCCCAGUGUCCUACAUGUUUUAGGAGUUUCCCUGCUGCCACACACCCGACUUAAAAUAAUGGGUGUUUAACAGGCUUCUGUGGCACUUGAAGGCACCCUGAGAAAGUGAUGCAAUCAUUUUUUUCAGCUGUGCUGAAGCAGAGACACGUCUAAAACAUGAAGGACUGUGGGCCCAGAGGACCCAUUUUAGGAAACACUGGCUUAGAUCAACUAGAGCAGGUAAGUCUGACUAGCAAUUAGCCUUCCACUGCUCCAAUGUUGGGCUGCACAGUGGUGCAGUUGGUAGCACUGUUGCCUUGCAGCAAGAAGGUCCUGGGUUCAAUUCCCAGCCAGGGGUCUUUCUGCAUGGAGUUUGCAUGUUCUCCCCGUACAUGUAUGGGUUCUCACCAGGUACUCCAGCUUCCUCCCACAGUCCAAACACAUGCCUGUUAGGUUAAAUGGUCUCUCUAAAUUGCCCUUAGGUAUAUGAGUGUGUGUGCAUGGUUGUUUGUGGGUUGCCCUACGAUGGACAGGUGAACUGUCCAGGGUGUACCCUGCCUCUUGCCCAUAGAUUGCAGGAGAUAGGCACCAGCUCCCCCACAACCCACUAUGGAAUAAGUGGUAGAAAAUGGCUGACUGCUCCGAUUUGUCAAUAUAUUUUUCUGAUCACCAAUACUGCAUAUAACUCAUGGCAAUAUGAUGUCUUUACAGGUAGGGGAAUUCUUUUUAAUUUUUUUUGUUAGCUUCUUUUUAUGUAUUUUAAUAUUUAUUAAUAAUAACUUUGCAGUGCCUCACUUCAAAAAAUCUGUAAUAUUCCUUUAAAACCUGUUCGCAUUGAUUAUAUUUAUUACAGUCAUUUGUCGUAAACAGAUUUAGUCUGUUUUUAGUUUUUUUUUUUUUUACAUGAACAUGGUGUAAUGUCAUUUUAAGCUUUUAAAACUAUGUAAGCAUGAUAUUUUUUAUUUAUAACUGAACUUUGAUCACAGGCAAAGUUCAGUUCUUUUUGCACUCCAAACUGUUAUGUCAAUGCAAUACAAAUAAUGCUGCUACCCCUUGUCUUUUUUAUUUCCUGAAACUCCAAUAUGAUAGCUGUGGCUUUAUGAAAAACAAUGAGCUGUUUAUAUAAAUAUUACCAGAAACCUCCACUGGUGUUUUUUUUUUUUUUUCCAUUUCUGGUGGUUCUUGAAGUCCUUCCUGCAGGAGCAACAAGAGUUGUAAUUAUACUUAAAGACACAGAAAAAAUGAAAUUACUUUGAACAACAAUGCUUUUGUUUGAAAGGGCAAAUACCAGUGUCUUGCCAUGCAAUAGUUUAUCUUUUUAGGAAGUAAUGCCUCAUGCAAAUGUUUUUAUUCGUUCAUUUUUCCAUACUGUCUGAAUGUGCUGUUCUUGCACCUAUGCACAAGUUGUUAUUCAACAAGUCUGUAUUUUACCUUUGUUGAAGAUACAUUUGCUAUUUUGCCUUAAGCUGAUCCAAAUAUUCUUUAGGUGGUAAAGAUCACCUGAAACAGAUGUUGCUACUCUAGUGUUAGAUAACAUUCCAACUGCAACUGGUUUGCAGGAUUGUGCAAGGUUUGUCGACAGGUCUCUGUCUGUUGACAGAAGUCUCUUGGCAGGUGUUGAUAAGAGGCCACAAUACCCUGGUCUCUUUUUAUGUUCUGGUGUUUGCCUUUUGUCUGUUGCAAUAAAUCUACUUUUAAAUUAA